GUGGGAUAUAAGAAAAUAGAAAACUCAAACUGAGAAAAUUCGCUUUUAAUCAUGUAAAAAAUGUGAUAGUACGGAAACAUACUGCAAAAUUAAGUUAGCUGGUUUCUGCAAGAUUAACUAUUGUCAUUUGUUCAAGAAACGCAACGGGAUACGGUGAAUUAAAAAAGUAUGACCAAGAAAUUUGAAUUCAACUGGCAGAUUCCAGUUCCUCAACCAUUGUUGGAUGGAGGAGUAUUUGAUAGAUGGACCGAAGAAAAGGACAACACUGAACUAGAGUUGCAGUGUACAUUCAAAGUCGACGAAUAUGGGUUUUUCGUUUAUUGGAAGUCCGAGGGGAAGGAGGGGGAUGUUAUCGAGUUGUGUCAAGUCUCGGAUAUUCGUGCUGGAGGGCUCCCAAAGGAUAUGAAAUUGAUGAAUCAGUUGUUUAAUCGACAUGGCGAGCAAUUAGAAGAAAGAAGCCUUACUAUUUGCUCUGGCACUGAUUAUAUAAAUGUAAACUACCAACACGUGAUCUGUCCUGAUGCGGCAACAGCAAAGAUUUGGCAACAAGGACUUCGCGAUAUUACUCAUAACUCUAAAAUGAAUAAUGUGUGUCCAAGAACAAAUUUAAUGAAGCAUUGGAUGCGUCUUGGAUUCAGUGUAGACCCAAAAGGGAAAAUUCCGGUGAAAAUGAUUGCGAAGACAUUUGCUUCAGGGAAAACUGAGAAGCUUGUUUACCAAUGUUUGAGCGAAUUAGAUUUACCGUCCGGUAAAAAUGAUGUUAUUGAGCCCGUUGACUUUACUUUCGACAAAUUCUAUGAAUUGUAUCAUAAAAUUUGUCCGAGAAAUGAUAUUGAGGAAUUAUUCAAGCUAAUCACCCAAGGUAAAGGAGAUACCAUAUCAAUGGAGCAGCUGAUCAAUUUUCUCAAUGAUAAACAACGUGAUCCACGUUUGAAUGAAAUUUUAUACCCUCUGUAUGAUGAAAAACGUACGAUAGAAAUAAUCAAUGAUUAUGAACAGGACCCUGCAUUAAAGGAACAAAAAAAAUUAUCCAAAGAUGGUCUUAUCCGAUAUCUCAUGUCGGACGAAAAUGCUCCGGUAUUUUUAGAUCGUCUAGAUAUCUAUAUGGAGAUGGAUCAACCUCUUAACCAUUAUUACAUUAAUUCAUCGCAUAAUACCUAUCUGUCAGGCAGACAAUUUGGUGGAAAAAGUAGUGUUGAAAUGUAUAGACAAGUUUUGUUAGCUGGUUGUCGUUGUGUAGAGCUUGAUUGUUGGGAUGGAAAAGGAGAAGAUGAAGAACCUAUUAUCACCCAUGGAAUGGCAAUGUGCACAGACAUUUUAUUCAAGGAUGUUAUAUAUGCCAUUCGAGAUACUGCAUUUGUAACUUCAGAAUAUCCGGUGAUUUUGUCAUUCGAAAACCAUUGUUGCAAAGCACAGCAAUACAAGCUUGCUAAAUAUUGUGAUGAAAUUUUCGGAGAUUUGCUGCUCAAAGAACCAUUACCAGACUAUCCGUUGGAGCCUGGAUCUCCUUUACCACCACCGUCAGCCCUUAAACGAAAAAUUUUGAUCAAAAAUAAACGCCUGAAGCCAGAAGUCGAGAAACAGGAGUUAGAGUUGUUCUUACAAGGUCAAUUUGUUAUUGAAGAUGAAGUAAAAGAGGAUGCAAGUGCGGCACCGGUUAUAGAUAAAAUUCCCGAAGAAAUUGUGCAAAAUGUUUCGCAAGAUGGAGGUGAAGAGCCUGUUGUUCAAUAUACAGGAUCGACAACUAAUGUUCAUCCAUGGCUAAGUUCAAUGAUAAACUACGCACAACCAAUUAAGUUCCAGGGAUUCGAUAUCGCCGAACAAAAAAAUAUACAUCAUAACAUGAGCUCAUUUGCUGAAACUACUGGAAUGAACUUGUUGAAACAACAGUCAAUAGAUUUUGUAAAUUACAAUAAGCGACAAAUGUCUCGCAUUUAUCCAAAAGGAACACGUGCAGAUAGUAGUAAUUAUAUGCCUCAAGUUUUCUGGAAUGCUGGAUGUCAAAUGGUCUCAUUGAAUUUCCAGACAUCAGAUCUUCCCAUGCAACUGAAUCAAGGCAAAUUUGAGUACAACGGAAAUUGUGGUUACUUAUUGAAACCUGAUUUCAUGCGUCGUUCUGACAGGAGUUUCGACCCAUUUAGUGACGCACCUGUGGAUGGAGUUAUCGCAGCUCAAGUUGCAGUUACUGUGAUUGCCGGUCAAUUCUUGUCAGACAAAAAAGUUGGAACCUAUGUUGAAGUUGAUAUGUAUGGUCUGCCUUCUGAUACAGUUCGUAAAGAAUUCAGAAGCCGAAUGAUUCCAGCUAACGGUUUAAAUCCAGUCUACAAUGAGGAACCAUUCUUGUUUAGAAAAGUUGUUUUACCGGAUUUGGCAGUCUUGAGAUUUGGCGUGUAUGAUGAAAAUGGAAAAUUAUUGGGACAGCGAAUCUUGCCCUUAGAUGGUUUACAAGCUGGAUACCGACAUAUAUCUCUUCGUACCGACGCUAAUUUUCCAAUGUCACUGCCGAUGCUUUUCUGUAAUAUUGAAUUGAAAAUUUAUGUACCAGAUGGUUUUGAAGAUUUUAUGGCAGCGUUAUCAGAUCCUCGUGCAUUUAUGGGAGCUGCAAAAGAAAGAUCUGAUAAUAUGAAAGCUCUUGGAAUCGAGCAAGCUGAUGGUGGCCAAGCUGCAAAAACGGAUAAACGGGAAGAAAAAAAGGAAGAACCACCUCUUGUGUUCGAUCCAAUCACUGUGGAUUCACUUCGUCAAGAAAAAGGAUUUCAAAAAACUGCUAAAAAGCAACAGAAAGAGUUGGAUGUUAUUAGAAAAAAACAAAGCAAAGAAAGAAUGGCUUUGCAAAAGGUACACAAUGCAGCCAUAGAAAAAUGUAUCAAAGGAAAAAGCAAGGAUCAAAUAAAAACGGAUCCAGAAGUGCGAAAAGUGAUUCAAGAACAAAAUAGUCAGUGGAAAGAGAUGAUUGAACGUCACAAGAAAGAAGAAUGGGAAACAUUAAGAACCCAACUAGCGGACCAACAAGAUAUUUUACGUAAACUCAUGGAAAGUACUCAGGUGGCGCAAAUGAAGCAACUUGAAGGAAAACAUGAUCGCGAAGUCAAAGAAUUGAAUGCAAAACAAGCAAAGAUCUCUGUGGAAACGUCGAAAGAAGUGGCGAAUGAUAAAACCCUUAAAACCAAGGGCGAAAAGGACCGAAGACUUCGUGAAAAGAAACAAAAUAAUAUUAAGCGAUUCAUGGACGAAAAGAAGAAUGCCACCAUCAAACAGAACCGUGAAAAAGAAAAAUUGAAAAUAACUCACGACAAGCAGCUAGACGAGCUCUCGAAUGAUGUUCAAAAGCUGAUAGAUGUGUACAAAAUUGAAGAGGAGGAGUACAAGUUAACAGCUAAAUGCGAAUUUUAUGCCUAAGAUAUCUAUUUAAAAAAAAGAAAUAUUCGUCAUUUAAUUUUAAAUAUGUGUAUAGAUUUUAAUUGAAUUAUUAAAUUUUAAUAAUUAAUACAACAAAGAUUUCAAAUGUGCCACAUUAUGAAAAAAAAAAAAUCUUGCAAAAAUUUGCAACGAAAAUCUUUCGGACUCUUACUAAAACUUAAUCGAAACAAGAAAAUAUUAAAUUAUAUUAUAGAUAUUACAAUUUAUUGUAUUUAAUGUUAUCUGUGUAUUCGUACUUAGAUUAAUUUUGUUAGCGAAAAUACUGUUUCUUUUUUUUUAAAUUAUUUUUAUGUAGUCAAAAUAUUUUCGCUUACAUAAUUGAUCUUUGGACUUAGA